CUGUGGUUUGGUGCGGAGCUGAAUGUCGAGACAUCACAAUGACACUCAGGUCGGGACAGAAAGAGUUUCACAACACAUUCUCUGGAAUCUAACCUUUUGCAAAGAGACAUGUGAGAAGGAUUAAAGCGUGCACAGACAUCUUUCCUGAGGAGCGCUGAGGCCGCCCAGACUCUCACCAUCAUGACCACCUGGAAACCAGUCCAGAACCUGACCAUAUGGUUGAUGAUGCUUCUGCUCUGCUCCAAUCAGCUGAGAGCACAGCUCGGGACAACCCCCAACAUCAGACACAUCGUGGUGGGACGGUGUUAUAGCUACAUCACCCUCGUCAGCCCCAGUCUGAGGUUUGACUGUGAGGAGAUGUGGAGACGGUUUGAGGAGGCGGUGCUCCGUCAGUCUUCUUGUAAUGUGACGGUGGAGAAUUAUCAGCAGAUGUUUUAUUCCAUCCCACAAAGUAGGCCGUGUGACAGGUUCCUCUUCUGGAGUAAAACCAGGAGUCUGAUGCAGAGCUACAAAGCUGCUGUCCGUGACUCCUGGACGCUGGAGGACACGCUGGUGGGCUUCUUGUUCAACGACCUCAUCUGGUGCGGAGCAGAGGAACAAGCAGGUUUUGAUUUCAGCUCUUGUCCGGCCUGGUCAGCGUGUAGGAACCAUGCUGUGUAUUCUCUGUGGCUUCAGGCCUCUCAGUCUUUUGCAGAAAUGGCGUGUGGCAACAUCACUGUGUUACUGAACGGCUCCAUCGCCAACGCCUUCGACAGGAAAAGCAUGUUGGGAAGUGUUGAACUGGACCACCUGAAUCCACAAAGGGUGAACUAUGUCAACAUUAAGGUGGUGGCCGAUCUACAGGGACCAUUUAUAGAAUCAUGUAGUCAAGGAUCCAUCGUGGACCUGAUCCACAUCCUCCAGUCCCGAGGAUUCCGCUGGACGUGCUCAGACAACGAUCAGACCCUGAUGAUUCUUCAGUGCCUCCGGGACCCGAAACAAUCUGUCUGCCAGACAUACGCCAACAGCCUGUCACACAGACAGUCUCACAUCCAACUGAAUCACACACAAGUUUAACAUCUAUUGUGUAGUCUUGUGCUCAGUGGAGGUGGAUUUAAACAAAUGAUUUUAAUGUUGUGUGUGUCUGUGUGUGUGUGUGUGUGUGUGUGCUGCUGAGUAGCUGAGGAGGUUUACUGUUGACUGUGCAGGUGU